AUGAAAUUCCAAUUACCGUAUAUCGCCACAUGUGCAGCUUUGAUUUCAUCAAUCGCGAAUGGUGAAGUCAGACUAUUCACAUCUAACGGCGUUGUCUACAGUUAUGCUGUCAUCACUAGUACAAUUAGCCCUCCAAGUGUUUACGUCGAAACAUUGUACUAUACUACCACUCGAGUAAGAGAGGUCACUUUAGAUAAUUCGCAAGUAACAUCAACGACAGAGGAAAUUGUGAGAACAUCUACCUAUUCGACUUCCAAUACUGAUGCACCAACACAGGUCUUGUCCGCUACUUUCUCAUCAACAAGUAGCAGAAGCGCCGCAACUAGUCAAAUACCAAGUUCGAGAUCAAUAUCCACACUGCAGCCGGCCUCAACAAUCUCUCUUUCAAGCGUCACGUCAAGCGUUUUGCCUUCUUCGUCUGUUGUCUCCAGUUCUUCAAUCGAGAACAGUCCUCAAAGCAGUUUAUCGCUAAUUUCAAGUUCGGGCUCUCACUCCAUUAGUUCAACACCAUCAGUUACAGAUUCCGCAUCAAGUUCUACUACAAGCACCAGCACAAUUACAAGUAUCCCAUCAUCUUCAGAUCCAUACACAACAGUGACUGGUAACGAUGGAACAUGUUCGGUAUAUUACGAUGAUGAGGACUAUUAUAGUACAGUAUAUCUAACUGAUUCCAACCAAUCUGUAGAUGCUGCUACAACUCUAACACACACGAUGACUGUCUACACAACUUCUACGCUUCUGUAG